GUGGUGUUAGAAGUGGCGCACCGCGUUGACCAAGAAGGCGUGGUGGCAGUGGACUCGGUGGUAGAGAAGCUGAUAUUCAAGCCGCAGGACGUGGUCUCGAUCCGAGCGAAGGACUCGGACCUCGAGUACGCCACGCACGACGUGUUCCAGACUGAUACGGCCAUUAGCAAGUUUAACGGCAACGGUCGCACAGCAGAAGAGCGUCAUUUAGAGCCGUGGGACGGUUGCGACGGGGACACCGUUGACACUCCGUCCCUGAACGGCGACGCACGUUUGGAUGAACUAGAGUUGGAUCACCGCGCCAACGGCUGGGACGCGAACGAUAUGUUCCGCAAAAACGAGGAGGUGUACGGUGUACACAGCACGUACGACCACUCGCUGGCCGGUUACACGCUGCCGCUGCAGAGGAAGGACACGCAGGAUUACAGAGACGCAGAGGCUAAAGCGGAAGAGAUAGCAGCAGAGAUAGAAAGUACGCCUUCAUACAAGGCGCGCAUAGAAUUAGAGAAUGGAGAUGAAGAAGAGCGAUUUGCAGCUGUGGUGAGACCUGGAGAUGGCAAUGGGGCUGGGAAAUAUGUCAUACCAAACAAGCGAAAAAAUUUGCAGAGCGGAAAACUGGUGAAAUCGACGUCAGGAAAUGGCGGUGGGUCGUCCCCUAGCGCGGGCAAGUCGCCAAGCUUUCCGCACGCGACACACGCGCCGCACGCCACGCACGCAACGCACGUGACACACGGACCGCACGCCACGCACGCGACACACGGGCCGCAAAAAGAUAAGGAGCACCGACCUCCUCGUCACCACCUCACGCCGCCCUCCGAACGACGCCAGGACGACGCACCUACGAGCAACGGCAGCGUGGCGGGCGGGGUUGCGGGCGGGGCGGGCAGCGGUGCGGGCGGGGCGGGCGGCGUGGCGGCCAGCGCCAAGAGCUACGCGGCGCAGGCGGCUGGCUACCACGCGCCGCCACCCUUCCCGCACCACGCGCAGUCAGUACCACUACAGUUGGCAGCAACCGGGAAGUUAAAUGGUGAUCCAAGGGCGGCACCACUUCCAAGGCAAGGUUUCCCUCCACAUCAUCACCAUAACGCAGCGGGUGCGGCGGAAGCGCGCGCGCGCACGCACGCGGCAGCGCCCGAGCCGCGCGAGCGCCGUGCCGACGAGGUGCAGGAAUUACGCAAGUUCGGUCAGGAGUUCAAACUGGUGUCGUCGGGCGCGCCCCUACAGUCGAUGCAACAGCUCCAGCCCCAGCCCCAGCAGCAGCAACAGCAACAACAGCAGCAACAGCAACCACAGCAGCAACAAUCACAGCAGCAACAGCAGCCGCAACAACAACAACAACAGCAGCCGCCCGCAAAUCCACAACCACCGUUGCCACCGCCCGCGCCCAGCCCUCCAGAAGUAUCGGCAAAUGCUGGAGCACCUUCCGAUCCUUUGCCCAAGAGGGAGAGGCCUCCGAAACAACACACACCGCCUGCAGCACACAAGCCCCCACCGGCCCCAAAGAAUGAGGAGCCACCAUCAGAGGAGCGGUCGCCUUCGUCUGCAUCUCCUCCGUCGUCCGUGUCCCCGGGGGUGGAGCGCGCCACAGCCACACUCAAGAAAUCCACGCUCAAUCCCAACGCAAAGGAGUUCAAUCCCAGCGCGAAACCCUUCACACCCAGGAGUCCCAGCACACCAAAUCCCAGCCGGCCGCAUACGCCGGGCACGCCGGUGGGCGUGGGCGUGGGCGUGGGUGUUGGCGUGGGGCUGAGCGGCGUGGGCGUGAUGGGCGCCGGUGUCAGCUACGUGCCCGCGCCGCACCCGCCGCCGCCACACAUGGUGGCGGCCGUGCCGUAUGCGAUGGUGGCGCAGCAGCCGCCCGCCUACCUGCCGCACCCGCACCCGCAUCCUAGUGCUUACUUCAAAAGUCAGAUAACUAAAAUUGAGUUAUGGGUCACGGAACAGAUGGAGAUGGCUUGCGAGUGUCGACAAUUCGGGCCGCCCAUACUCGUGAUGCCCGACAAGCGGGAGCGCCACGAAGCGGUGAGACAUUGCCCGGUGGAUCCACUGACCGAUUCUAGAAGUUUCUGUAGCUUACUGACGGUUAUGUACAUUCGCACACUAAAACAACUAAAUGCAACACUUGAAAAUGACAAUUCAGUAAUAGGAAAAUACGUGAAAACAUAA